CCCCACAGGAGGGUGCAUGCCCAAAUACAAAUACAGUCUGACAGCAGGUUCUCAGUUCAUUUAGGAGAACGAGAAGUAGCUGGAACUUUUAAAGCUCUUAAGACAGUUUUUUGGGGAUGUAAUACAGAAGACAUUUCAUUUCUUGACUUUAAAAGAUAAAGUGAGAGAGGUAGUCAUCUUGGGAUCUUUAUGUGGAUGGACUUCUUCUUUAAAAGCAACUUCAGGAAUCUAUUUCAACUCCAGAGAGUUGAACUGUUGACUCUGUACAACAAGACAAGAGGAUAUCUUUGCCGGUCUCUGUUGAGGUGUGACGGCUGGCAUGAUGGACGAGGAGAGGAGUAACGAGAAGUGUGAGAGUGUGACACUGUCCCUGAUGAGCGAGGCUGUUUCUGCUCCCACUGAGUGUGAGAAGAGGGUGUGUGUGUUUGGGACAGGGGACAUGGGGCGCUCACUGGGUCUCCGUCUGCUCCAGGCGGGAUACAGUGUGAUGUUUGGCAGCCGGCGACCCCAAAGCUGCAACUUCCUGCCCAAUGGAGCUCAGGUCUUGAGCCAUGCUGAAGCUGCUCAGGCAGCUCAUCUGAUAUUCAUCGCUGUCCAGAGAGAACACUACGAUUUCCUAGUACCACUGGCCUAUCAUCUUAAGGGGAAGGUGUUGGUUGACCUCAGUAACAACUUGAAGAAGAAUCAGUAUCCAGAGGCCAAUGCAGAGUACCUGCAAAGUCUGGUCCCUGAAGCUGAGGUGGUCAAAGGCUUCAACACAUUGUCUGCGUGGGCACUGCAGAAUGGACCUUCAGAUGCCAACAGACAGGUUUACAUCUGCGGGGACAGAGCGGAGGCCAAGCAGGUGGUGUUGGCAGUAGCCACCAAGCUGGGAUUCAGUGCCUUGGACCGGGGCUCUCUCUCAGCCUCCCGGGAGCUGGAGGAUUUCCCCCUGCAGCUGUUCCCCCUGUGGAGGCUUCCCAUGCGCAUUGCUGUAGGCCUUACCGCCUUCUUCUUCUUCUACCUGCUGAUCAGAGAGAUCCUCUACGCAUAUAUCACCCAGGGCAAAGACAUCUCCUUCAGGAUCAUGGUCUCACUGGCCAACAGGGUGUGUCCCAUUGUUUCACUUAUCAUGCUGGCUCUCUGUUACCUUCCUGGAGUCUUGGCUUCCUUUUUACAGCUCUACAGAGGCACCAAGUACAGGCGUUUUCCUGAUUGGCUGGACCGCUGGAUGCUGUGCAGGAAACAACUAGGUCUUCUCGCACUAGGUUUUGCCUGUCUUCAUGUUCUGUAUACACUGAUCAUACCUAUACGGUACUAUGUGAGAUUCUGGGCCACUGAACGGACUGUAACUCAGAUCAGACAGAAUGGGACCAAUGAGUUUAUCACCUCAAGGGCUUGGCAUAGCGACUCCUACUUGUCGUUUGGAAUUCUGGGAUUUGGACUGUAUGUCUUGUUAGGGAUCACAUCUCUUCCCUCAGUCAGUAAUGCUCUCAGCUGGAGAGAGUUCAGCUUCGUGCAGUCCAAGCUGGGCCACCUGACUUUGUUGUUGUGUACGAUUCACACCUACCUGUAUGGCGGGAAAAGGUUCCUCAGUGCCUCCCUCUAUAAUUGGUACACUCCACCUGGCUACAUGCUGUGUCUGGUGUUGCCCUCUGUGGUGUUACUGCUCAAGCUGCUUCUCGUCACCCCCUGUGUCGACCGCAACAUCACCCGCAUACGCCAGGGCUGGGAGAAGGGCGCGGACCAGAGAAACUCAAAAAACAACAAAACACUGGUUCUGUAGAGAACACACGUUUGUUUUUCUUUCCUUGUGCAGACCAGAAAGACAACACAACCCUAACCCUUAACCCAACACAACCCUGACCCUAACCCUAACCUACAUAACUUGUCAGUCCAGCUAAUGUGAUAUGUGUGGUUGGGAAUUUUUAUAGCCUGUCCGGUGUGCGGUAUGACUAACCAAGCAAGCAAACACAUUUUAUAUACCAGUCCUGGCGAAAGACAGGGAAAGCUUCCAAUGUUAAGCUACAGCAGCUAAAUAAAAAACAGUUAGCUAACUUGGCAUUCCACGUAAUUAUAAAAGUCGUGGUAUAGAAUUUCCUUUUCAAUAGCUUAUCCUGCCUGUGGUAUAAGUAUAAUGGAGAUCUAACACAAACAACAUAUCUUUAUAAUAUAGCCAACUUGUAGCUUUUGAGUUUUAUAUCUGCCUUUGUGUUCCUUCAAUGAAAGGAAAAAUGUGAGUUCACUCUAGAAUUUUAUCUCAAUUUCUAUGGACUGGCAACUACACAACAAUUGGGAAGCAUUGGAAAAAAGCAUUGGGAAGACGCUGAAUCUACAGGACGUGAACAUGCCCAAAUACUAUUUGGGAUGUAUUACCUCUUAAAUAACAUAUUUUCUCAAUAGCAUUUAUAUAAUAAUUACAUUGGUUUAGCUUUUUUAUGGUAGAAAUCUUACAAUUGGCUCCUUUAAAAUAACCAUAAACCUAACCCUUAAUCUCUAAACCUAAAAUUAACCCCAAUUCUAACAGUCACCUCUAAGCUGGAUAUAGCCUUUUACUUGUGGUUACAAAACCUUGUGAGGUUGUCAGGUCUUACUAUGUUUGUGAGUCCCCACAUAUAUGUAAAAUUGAUUGAAUGUAUGUAAGUUUUCUGAUCUAAAGAACAUAUAUUUGUAUUUUGUUUUUAAUUACACUUUCAACAUAUACAGUUUUAUUUGAACAUACAUAUGUAUGUUCUAAUAUUUGUUGUUGUUGUGAUGAAACAAAUUCUCAAGUUUGGCAUAUUAAAGUGCUAUUGUACUCAACUAAUUUUUAACUGUUUAAACCAGACAUUAUUUUUUUCCUGGAAGACACAUUUUAUUUGAAUGAAGAAAGCAUCUCUUAUAUUGUGUCAAUAAAGGCAUAAUACAUAAUAUUUAGCUUUAUGUCAUGAAACCUA